AUGGCUCAGCAGAUGAAGUGUGAAGCAGCAGUGAGAGGAACCACUGAAGGGGAUGCUAAAGGAGAUAAAGCCAAGGUGAAGGACGAGCCACAGAUAAGAUCUGCAAGGUUAUCUGCUAAACCUGCUCCUCUAAAGCCAGAGCCCAAGCCUAAAAAGACCCCUGCAAAGAAGGGUGAGAAGGUACCCACAGGGAAGAAAGAGAAAACUAAUGCCAGUAAGGAUGCAAAUAAUCCUGCAGAAAAUGGAGAUGCUGAAACAGACAAGGCACAGGAAGCUGAAGGUGCUGGAGAUGCCAAGUGA